AUGCGUCGGUUGAACGAGUUGCCUGAUGUAAUUGCUAGAUCGGCGGAAAUGUUGGAGCCACAUCACAUGCCGCACUUCGCAUACGAGGUGGCGCGUGAGUUGCAGCGCUUCUACGAGGCCUGCCGCGUGAUCUCGAGCGAACCGGCGGAUGCGGAGUUGACCAAGGCUAGGUUGUUGUUGGUUGACGCGGCGCGCAUCGUGCUUGAGGGCACGCUGAACAUCAUGGGGAUGAACGCGCCCGAGCGGAUGUAG